GUGAAGAACUUCGACAAGGCCGUGGAGCUCAUCACUGCCUGGUCAGAGAAAUCCCCGCCCUUCCAGGAGCUCAUUGCUGACAUCCAGAAGAGGAAGGUCUGUGCUAAUCUAACGCUGCAGCACCACAUGCUGGAGCCUGUGCAGAGGAUCCCACGCUACGAACUCCUCCUGAAAGAUUAUGUCCGGAAACUGCCGCCUGAGUCCCCCGACCGGGGCGAUGCCGAGAAGGCCCUGGAGAUGAUCUUUAUGGUGGCCAAGCACUCCAAUGCAGCUAUCGCCGAGAUGGAACGGCUGCAGAACCUCUGGGUGGUCUAUCAGCGGCUGGGCCUCGAGGAUGACAUUGUGGAUCCCUCCAACCAGCUGAUCAAGGAGGGACCCAUCCAAAAAGUCUCCACCCGCAACAACAGCACGUCGGAGAAGUACCUGUUCCUGUUCAACAACAUGCUGCUGUACUGCGUGCCCAAGGUCAUCCAGGUGGGCGCCGAGUUCCAGGUCCGCCUCCGCAUGGACGUGGACGGCAUGAAGGUGUGGGAGCUGAAGGACACAGAGUUCCCUCACACCUUCCUGGUGUCGGGAAAGCAGCGGACGCUGCAGCUGCAGGCCAGGUCUGGGGAGGAGAUGGACACCUGGAUCAAGGCCUUCCAAGAUGCCAUUGACAGGAAGGAGAAGAGAAGUGAGACCUUUAAGACAGCAGUACCUGGACUGGAGACAGACACCCCUGCACUGAAGACAGAGGAGCUGGGCCGCCGAGCUCCGCAGUGGGUGCGGGACAACCUGGUGACGAUGUGCAUGCGCUGCAGGGAGCCCUUCAACGCCAUCACCCGCCGGAGACACCACUGCCGAGCCUGUGGAUACGUGGUGUGUGCUCGCUGCUCUGACUACAAGGCUGAGCUGCAGUACGACGGGAACCGCCUGAACCGCGUCUGCCAGGAGUGUUACAUCUUCCUGACGGGCCACGCGGUGCCCGAGGACCGGGAGGGGAAGCACAAAGGCAUCCUGGAGAAAGGAGCUGCAGAGGUAUCAAGCAGGAGUUUGCUCUGCAGUUCCCUGCAGCUGCUGGACAAGAACGGCAAGGGGGGGACGCGGGGCUGGUUUGUGAUCCCGCAGGACGAUCCCCUCGUGCUGUACAUCUACGCAGCCCCCCAGGACGUGCGAGCCCACACCUCCAUCCCCCUCCUGGGCUACCAGGUGAAGGACCUGCCCCAGAGCGACUCCCGCCACCUCUUCCAGCUGGCGCAGUCCGGGCAGGUUCACACCUUCCUGGCCGACACCGAGGAGCUGAAGCGGCGCUGGAUGAGGGCCAUGGCACGCUCUGCCGCAGGGAUCACACACCCAGAGGAUGAGGAGGAGGAUGCAGACCCCUGUGACAAAGCAGAAUGAGGCCAUUCCCACCCCUGGGCCCCCUGGGGAGUCACCUCCCCGGCCUGUCCUCGCCGCUGGCUUCAUGCAGACCCCGCACAUCUCUGCCUUUGGGUUUCCAUCAUGAAAAGGAGAAGCCGUACAUUUGCCACCACACGGACAAGCCGGAUUCCCCUUCCCCUCCCUCCUUGCUCUCCGCGCUGGACGGAAUGAGGCGGAGGGAUGGGGGGGUUUGGGGAGGCCUCGCCCCUGCAGCCCCGCUGUGCAGUACCGCCGGUGGCCACGCGAGGGCAGCCCCGCCCCGUCCUUGCUCCAUCCCGGCGCGGGGGAUGCCCGGAGCGGUGAAAUCUGUGGAAUUGGGAUUGCUGGGAUAAAUCCCGCCUGCGACCCGU